AUGCAUGUUAAUCAGUGUAUGGAUUUUUCUUCUACAACUCAGUUAUGCCUAACAUCGUUCUUAGAAUAUGGGGUACGAGCUGAAUAUCCUGAAUAUCCUGAUUUUUGUGUGCUUUACAUUUGGUCCUUUGUGGAUUAUUUCUCCAAAAUUCAAGUAUUACUUCAAAGUAAUCCUUUAUACGAUUUGUCUGAUGAUGGCUGGAAUAAUUGGCAUACUUUUCGUGCUUUUCAAUUAUUAACAUUUUGGUGUGGUCUAUCUUACGAAAUACGCAACCGAAAUUUCAUCGAAAUCGACAAUUCGUUUAUUGUCGUUGCAAACCAUCAAACUUUGCUAGAUGUUUUAACUUUAACCCAUGUUUGGCCCGAAAACUGCGUUGUUUUAUUGAAGAGUAGUUUGAAAUUUAUGCCCGGUUUCAAUGUCUGUGCAUAUCUUUGCGAAGCCAUUUUCAUAGAUAGAUUCAAUAAAGCCGCUUCGCACAAAUCGGUUGAGCAAGCAAUCUGUGCAGUACGAAAUUAUAGAAAAAUAUGGAUAUUUCCGGAGGGGACAAGAAACACGAGUGGUACAAUGCUCCCGUUUAAGAAAGGUGCUUUUAUUAUAGCACGUGCAGCCAAUGUUCCAAUCGUUCCAGUAGUAAUUUCAUCGUACCAGUCAUUUUAUUGUAAAGAUGAAUAUAAAUUUGACUAUGGCGGCCGUGUAAUAAUUGAAAUUCUUCCGGCAAUUGACCCAUUCGCAUAUUCCGACAUUGACAGCAUGAGCGAAGAAUGUCAUAAACAGAUGGAAAAUGUUUAUCGAAAAAUAAGCAAUGAAUUGUAUUCGAAAUAAAGGAUAGUCUCGAUUCUUUUUAUGGAAUCAUUUUAUUGUAUUACUUCGAUCCAGAAGAAUUGGUUU